ACCGCAGUCAUUCUGGAUCCGGUGAUCCACAUCCAUGUAUACCUAACUACCUCCAUGGCAGUGCGGAUGUUCGCCGCGCUGCUGGGUCUGUUCGUCAGCGCCUGCCACGGUCUGCUCACGCAGCCAGUCGAGGGCGGUUUCGACGAGAGUGGCUUCGACGAGAGCGGCUUCGACGAGGAGCAGCAGCUGGCCUCGGACAACGGGUCCUGGCCGGGCCUGCCCAAACUGAAGUUCCACAAGCCGCACUUACGGAGGCACGAGGAGCACGCCGCCGACGCGGCCGGUGCAGGGGCCUACCGGCAGCGGCUCCGGAACCUGCAGGACAUCCAGUACUUCGGGGAGGUGAAGGUCGGCAACCAGACUCUGGAGGGACUCUUCGACACCGGCUCGUUCGAGCUCCUGGUCUUCGGCGAGGGCUGCACGACUUGCGGCUCGUCUGGGGUGUACAAGCACAGCCUGAGCAGCAGCUUCACCGCGGGGGGGCGCAAGGAGACCCACUCCUUCGGCAGCGGCACGUGCUACUCCGACGAGGGCUACGAGACCGUGUCGCUCGGGCCGUUCUCGGUGGAGCGCCUGCCGUUCUGGGAGGUCGUCAGCGCGCAGAUGCCCGUGUUGGACUCGCAGCAGUCGGGCUUCCAGGCCAUCGUCGGCAUCGGCCCCCCCGGGGAGCCCGCCGCGACGGCGCAGGCCGAGCUCGACGACCUCGCGAAGCGCGAGGAGUGGCACCUCAGGCACGACGGUGCUGUUCCGGAGCAGCUGCAGAGGGAGAAGGAGGACAUGCUGCAGAAGCUGGACUCGGAGAAGAAGAAGGUGGCGUUCCUGCAGGCCCUCGGGGUGUCCACCUUCUCCUCGUGCCUGGACCGGAUGUCCGGCGGCUCCGGGUGGAUGGUAUGGAAUGACAACAGCGCGCUGAGAGACCCUCAGAACUUCAUGUCGCUCCCCGUGGCAGGCACUCGGAGCUGGCGGCUCCCCGAGAUCACUGGCAUGGGCCUCAAGGGCUUCGGGCCGACCGCGGACAACCCCAUCGGCUGCCAGGGCGGGUGCGGGGCGAUCGUGGACACCGGCACGUCGCUGCUCGCGGUACCCUCGGACAUCUACCAGAGGCUCUACGAUCUGAUCAAGGGCAUGGAGAUGGACUGCAACGACCUCCGCAAGUUCCCAGACAUCUACAUCACGGUCAACGGCCACGAGCUGCUGCUGCCGCCGGACAGCUACAUCGGGAGGGUGGUCGGUAACGUGCCCAAGUUCAUGAAGAAGCACGUGCACGCAUCCGCGGACGUCGCCGAAUUCUCACAGGACGACGCGCUGAAUCCCAACGCGGUGCAGCUGGAUCGCUUCCGCGCCAGGCAGCGGGUCCGGAGGCAGAAGUGCCAGCUGCUCCUGAUGGACAUGGGCAACCAGGUGACGCAGCUAGGCCCCCUCAUGAUCCUGGGGAUGCCCUUCUUCCGCGAGUACUACACCUCCUUCAACCUGACGGACCGUUCCAUCAGAGUGGCCCCCGCGGACGACCAGUGCAGGCCGCAAGGAGCGGUCACCUCGCUCAUGGUGACCCGCUCGCACGUGCCGAGGAAGGUCGACGUCGCCACGCUGCGCCCGCCGCGCUGGCUGUCUCGCAACGACACGGUGGUGCUGACGAUUUGAGUCGAGCCCAGGCCCAUUGGCGUCGAAUUCCUGCCUGGCACGGUGUGUUCCCCAUCCUCCUCUCCCCUUCCCUCCUCGCUCCUCCUCGCUCCUCCUCACUCAUCCCCGCUCCUCCUCGCCCCUUCUCGCUCAUCCUCACUCCUCUCCCCCUCUCUUGUGCAUGCACUGAUCCCUCCCUCCCCGCCGCAGACGGUGGUCAAAGGGCCCAGUCCUGCGGGCAGCGUGACGCGAGCCGCCUCCCGCCGCGGAGGAGCCGGUGUUCCGGCUUAGCAGCGCUCGCGGAUCGCCGCGGCCCUCUUUGCAUCCUGUGUCCAGCCUCGGUAGCGUCGCGCCUCGAGCGAGCGCGGUUCGUCGGAUCGCGAGCUGGUUGCGGCUUGCAGCGAGUCCGAGGCCCCCUCCCGAGUGGGGCAGUGCGGGGCAGAAGGCGCGAGGAGGGG